AGAACCAAAGUUGACAUACAGGAGAAUGGGAGAAGAAAUAAUCGGGAGGGGGACGGACAAGCGGGGACGGAGGAAGGAGAGAGAUGUUGCGGGGCGAUGACCGAUUCGCUCAGCCCCAGCUGAACUAUUCACUGUAGUCAGAGAUGGGGAUUACUUGCGAAGCCGUCAGUUGGACUCGGUUGGGAGAUGCUGCUCGGAUGAUUCGGAGAGUGGUGCGAGGACACUGGCUGAACCUGCCAUUGACCGCGAUUGGAUCCGCAAUUGCCGGCACUGUACCCAAUAUAACCUUUCUACGAUUUUCCAGGACUCUCUACAAUACACAUAGCUCGAGCACGGAGUACUCCGUAGAUUUUGCAGAUUUCCCCCUGGUGCCUCUCAGCCGCAAUCUCAGAGCGUGGCCCAUUCGCAACGCCACGGUGGAUCCGCGUCGCUCGACUCCUCGAGCCCAUAUCAGGGGCUGGCACAAUCUGGACAAAACACGCGGCGGCGAGACUGACGGACAGCCACACGAGUGGAGCGAGGAUCGAAUUCGCGAAGGCUUAUUCGAUGCCGCAGAGGCUUGAUGCGCCACUAGCCUGACUAUUGGAGCGACGACCCGAGAUGCGAGGCAUUUGGAGUCAAAAUACCCGACGGCCCGCCUACAAAA